UGCCCAACCACCUCCGCUUUCGCUCGCUUUCCAAACCCUUCGCAUCGUUCGCUGCUUCUCGGACGGAGAAAAUGGCCAGGAAAUUCUUCGUUGGAGGCAACUGGAAAUGCAAUGGAACUACUGAAGAAGUGAAGAAGAUUGUUGGCACCCUGAAUGAGGCUGAAGUCCCGCCGCAGGAUGUUGUGGAGGUUGUUGUUAGCCCUCCGUUUGUGUUCCUUCCUUUGGUGAAAAGCUUGCUGCGGCCUGAUUUUCAUGUUGCUGCACAGAAUUGCUGGGUAAAAAAGGGAGGAGCUUUCACUGGGGAGGUUAGUGCUGAGAUGCUUGUGGAUUUUGGGAUUUCUUGGGUUAUUCUAGGACACUCAGAAAGAAGGUUGUUGCUUGGUGAAUCAAAUGAAUUUGUUGGAGAUAAAGUUGCAUAUGCACUUGCUAAAAACCUCAAGGUCAUUGCUUGUGUUGGUGAGACUCUUGAGCAGCGAGAAUCAGGAUCAACUCUGGACAUAGUUGCUGCACAAAUAAAAGCCAUUUCAGAGAGAAUAUCAAAUUGGACCAAUGUAGUAGUGGCCUAUGAACCAGUUUGGGCAAUUGGAACUGGCAAGGUUGCAAGUCCUGCUCAGGCUCAGGAAGUGCACUCUGUUCUGAGGGAGUGGUUUCAUACAAAUGUCAGUCCUGAAGUUGCUGCUUCAAUUAGGAUUAUAUAUGGAGGCUCUGUCAGUGGAGCAAAUUGCAAAGAACUGGCAACACAACCUGAUGUCGACGGAUUCCUUGUUGGUGGAGCAUCUCUCAAGCCUGAGUUUGUGGACAUAAUCAAAUCUGCUACACUUAAGAAUUCUACUUCAAAGUUUCUCACGGACGUUUGCCAUGGCCUUCUCUGAUUGCUUCUGUUUGAAGGAGUGCCCUUAGCUGUAUAUUUUAUAACGAAAACAUGAAUAAUACCUUAUACCUAUAACCAUUCGGCUUUCCUUUAACACUAUUCAUAACUGUGAGAUUUUAUGUACAUAUGUAUUUAAUAUUAUAUCAUGCUUGUAAAGGUUGACAAAAUUUCCGAUUAUUCCUUUUAUUUCA